UUUGAUUUGUUUCAGAUCAGGUAGUUUACUAUAAUUGUCAUUAUGGGACCUAUAAACACCACAAAUCUGCUAAAACAGCUACGUGGGUUGAUGCAGAACCUGAAAUAUGUGCCAGAACCCAUCAGUGCUUAUAUAGUACCAUCAAGAGAUGCCCACAACAAUGAAUAUCUAUCAGAAUGUGAUCAAUUCCGUGCGUUCAUAACUGGAUUUGAUGGCUCAGCUGGCACAGCAGUUAUCACUGAAAAAGAUGCCUGUUUGUGGACAGAUGGUAGGUAUUAUCUACAAGCUAGUGAACAAAUGGAUUCCAGUUGGACUCUGAUGAAAGAAGGAUUGCCAACAACACCAACAAAAGGUGAAUGGCUGUCUAAAAGUCUUCCAAAAGGCUCAAAAAUUGGAGUUGACCCUAAAGUAUUCAGUUAUAAUGAAUUUAAUCCAUUGCAAACAAAACUAGAAUCUUCUGGUCACAAACUUGUACCUGUUAUCACAAAUUUGAUAGAACUGCUGUGGGUAGAUAGACCCUUAAGACCCACAAACCCCAUAAAACCACAUACACUUAACUACAGUGGUAAAUCAGUGGGUGAUAAACACAGAGAUAUUGUUGAACAAAUGAAAGAAAACAAUUCACAAUAUUUGGUUCUAACUGCACUUGAUGAGAUUGCUUGGUUUUUGAAUUUAAGGGGGUCUGAUAUUGAGUAUAACCCAGUUUUCUUUUCCUAUGUCAUAAUUUCAGAGAAGUCAUUUGAGCUCUAUUUAGAUGAAAAGCAAGACAGGAAGCUCAUAAGAGAUCAUUUAACUGCAGAAUUUGGGGAUGGUUACAAAAUUAAGCCCUAUAAAUCAAUUGAGGAUAGACUGAAAUCUUUAGCAAGUGAAGUAGAGGGUUAUAUAUGGUUUGCAGAGAACUCUAGCUAUGCAUUGAUUAACAUAAUCCCCAAGGAAAAUCGCCUUCUAACAAAUAACACCCCAGUGUCACUUAUGAAAGCUGUGAAAAACCCAGUUGAAAUACAGGGAAUGCGUAACUGUCAUAUUAGAGAUGCAGCAGCAUUAUGUUGCUACUUCUCCUGGCUGGAAAAGAACAUAAAAACUAGCAAAAUCACUGAAAUAUCUGGAUCAGAGAAACUGUUGGAGUUUCGUGAAAUGCAGGAUAAUUUUGUAGGGCCCAGUUUUGAUACAAUUAGCUCUGUUGGUCCUCAUGGUGCUAUCAUUCACUAUAGUCCUAAAAAAAGUACAGAUGUGCAAAUAACAGCUGAUCAGAUGUAUCUAUGUGACUCUGGUGGCCAAUAUUUAGAUGGUACUACUGAUGUGACAAGGACAUUGCAUUUUGGGGAGGCAACUGCAUUUGAGAAGGAGUGUUAUACUAGGGUGUUGAAGGGCCAAAUGAAGCUGGCUUCUAGAAUAUUUCCAACUAAAAUAAAAGGAAACUGUCUUGACGCCUUCGCCAGAGAAUUCCUGUGGCAGGUCGGCCUGGACUACGGUCACGGCACCAGUCACGGCAUCGGCUCCUACCUCAACGUGCACGAGGGCCCCAUGGGCAUCUCCUGGCGGCCCUACGCCGACGAUCCGGGCCUCCAGGCCGGCAUGUUCCUCUCCAACGAGCCGGGGUACUAUCAGGACGGGCAGUUCGGGGUGCGCAUCGAGGACAUAGUGCAGAUCGUGGAGGCUAAGCCCCCACACAAUUUCAAUGAUAGGGGGUAUUUGGCUUUCGAGACUGUUUGUUUGGUGCCGAAGAUGAAUAAGUUGAUUUUGGUGGAGAUGCUGACGGAUGAGGAGAUUAGGGAGUUGAAUGCCUAUCAUGAGAAGUGUAGGGAGGUGGUGGGGGCUGUUUUGGAGAAGCAGGGGCAGAUGGAGGCUAGGGAGUGGUUGAUUAGGGAGACUCAGCCUUUGGUCAGAUGAUUUGUUUUUCGUUGGUGUGAUUUAUGCUUUGUUCUUGUUAGAGUUCAUAUUGUUUUCGAGUUUUUCUGAUGAAAGAGUAAAUAUUUUCUUU